AUGACUAUUGUAACUGUCGUCCGGUGGUCUCAUCUGCGGCAGAUUGACGACACGGAACGCGGUCUUACGGCGACUCGCAUUGCAUAUGUGCAUUUGCACCGCCGGGCUGCACGCCGCGGCCCGUACUUUUGUGAAUCACCGGGCAACGCCCUUGGCUCCAGGACCCAGGAGGACUGGGGAUGGUGGACAAUUCAACAAGAGGAAUGCAAGGAGGGGUCCAUGUUUACCGUCUACGCACACUGUACUCCGCACCUCAACGGACUAUAUCUGAAAUGGAACCAAGUCGUGAGAAGCGCAUGA